AUGUCGGAGGCGAAUGCGUCAGCUAUACACGGGCCGUACAGACGAAAAGUCACCUUGGCCUGCGAUUCCUACAGCGGCCGACAAUGUGCUUUUGACAGCAAGAACCGCGGACGUCGAGGUCCGCGUCCUCGAAAGCCUGCGAGCCAAGUCCCGCGAGUGACGCAGCAACUGGCUCCUCGACGUCCUUCUCUGGAAUCAACAUCUACGGUGUAUAUCGAACCCUCACUCGAAGUUCCGGUGGAAGCUCCAGUCGAAAUCGCCAUCACGCCCGCCAUCGAACCCACCAUCCACGUCUUAGUCGAGCCCGUCUGGAUGCCUUCGGACCUACCGAGGGUUGAAGAGAUUGACAAGUCCGACGAUGAGAGCACUGGUGAAGGGGAUGAUGCCCUCGAUCCAGUGCAGUGGAAGCCCAUAUUGGAGCAACUGCUUUCUCCCAUCUCCAUCACUGAUACGUAUGAGCAACAGGACAAGAUCUACUGGGCAAGGUACAGUGAGCUGACUCGGUAUAAUAGCCUCCCCGAGCUGGACAUGGACCUGAUAGAGCCGCACUGCGCAAACCUGGCGCAGUUGAUGGGCGACGAGGCGCGGGACUGCGUGCAGUCUUCGACGCCCGACCAGCCGCAAAUCAACAAUAUUCGCACCAUGUGUAUUCUUGUUGACUUUGAAGCUAGUCGAGACUGCGGUCGCCGUGCAUGGAUGGAUAUUGAUUGGACUCAAAUACUAGAUGCGGCUGAGCUGUAUUUCACCAUCGCCGAGUUGUCUCAUUCCAUCGGGCAUCCUUCCCUCCAACCGCCGAGUCAUCGAAGGGUGAAACGGCCUAGGCCCGACACAAGAGUGGCCUCGUUCCCCGAAGGCACUCGGCGUCUGUUGGAUCUGCUAGAAGUUCUUAUUGGCAUCAACCAGCUGGGCUUUACGCCCUUCAAAGAACACAAUCCAGCUCCGUGGAACACUGAUUCCGACUUUAGAGUGUUACAAGAUGAGCUGGAAGAGUAUCUUCUCUGGUACCCGUCUAUCUUUCGGAUGGGCCCUAGAGAGCUUCCGGGCAUGAUUGACCAGGAAGACAGCGAUGUGCCCAUGUCCUCACUUAUUUGGCACUGCUCCGCCAUUCUCCUCAACCGAAACUUUUUGCCGAUACCAGAGAGAUGCAAGUUUGCAAACGAGGGCCAAGCAUCAUUGAUUCGAUGUGUUGAUUUCCCACAGGCUCCGCCGUUGUUCUUGAAGGAACGAAUCCACCGGUGUGAAUCUAGUGCAGACGCGAUAUGCGACAUUACGCAGGAAAUCAUUAUCGAACAAAAACCCAUCAUUCUCGUCAUCCAUACUGACUGGUUCCAGCAUACUCUCCUCCUUGGAUAUUCCUGCACCCAGAGCGCAUUGGUGUUGAUCAAUCGCCUGCACCGGUCGUCGAAGCCAUAUAAUAAAAAGGUCGUCGAGAACCUGAAGCUGAUAUUCGUCGUACUUGGGGCUGUUCGGACCUUUUAUUCUCCCGCGCAAGCAUGGAUUGAUGCACUGUUUCGGGCCCACGAUAUUAAUACGCCGCUUAGCCAUGUCUCGGGCGAUGUGGACCUGGCGUUUUCUAGUUAUUUUAGCCGAUUUGUCGACGUUGAAGAACCUGCAUUUAUUCCGUUGGAUCCAAAGGAGUGCAAAGACAAGUCAGAUGCAGAGGUCUAUCCGCAUGAAGCCCCCAAGGGAGACGGUCCGAUCACCGGGCGAGGGCUGGACCAACCUGGAUCAGCCGAGCAAUCGUCUACCUGGCUUCAGACCUAUGUAGGCCAUCUAGCUGGGGACAUUCACGACGACGACGAUGAUAUGAAUGGUUUAGCGGAAGACCUUGCAGAUGCAACCCACACAAGCUUAAUGGAUCUGGCCACAGUAGCUACUGAGGGAGCGCGAGCCGGAGGGAAUUUGGGUGCGCAAGGCGUCAUGAUGAUGAACAAGGGAUUCACGCCCUGCCCUGACAUGAUGACGGGGAAUGGAAAUGCGAACGGGCGGGUCACUUUUCCAGGAGACAUAGAUGAUUUGUACCCUGAGCUCUUCAGCCAGAUUCCCUCGCUGGGGGAUUUUAUCGGAAUGGGCCACGAGAUUCCCAUCUUCCCAGGACUUGGGUCGCUGAUGGACGGGGAGGAUAUUUGGUCUGAUACACUACGGCACUUCGGGGCCAUAGAUAAGCGCACUCUAACACGCCGAACCCCGCUGCUGGUCCUGAUGCCGUGUGCUUUUCUUUCUCCUCUUCAUCCAUCCGGACGAAGUAGAUCCGACCUUGAGAUAUAUCAUCCCAUUGAAAAGUCCGCCAUGGAACGCAAUCUCCCCCGAGCAGAACGACAGAAUGACAAGGGCGCGUGCUGGACGUGUCUCGAGAGGAACUGGCCCUGCGACGGAGCCCUGCCUCGCUGCAAGAUAUGUACGCAUAGCGGAGUCAGAUGCCGAGGCUACGGCGUCCGAAUGCAAUGGCCGACGGGCGUGGCGAACCUCAAGGCGCGAUCACGAUGGCGACAGACCAGAUCACUCUCGACUUCGACAUCGUCGUCGCCAUUGCAACUCGACCGAUGCACCGCAGCCCCGCAAGGGUCCAUGUCCGCGCUGGGACUGCCGGCAGAGGACAGCUUCUUCAUGCAGCAUUUCAUACAAAACGUCGCCAGGAUAGCUCUUGCUGUCGACUACGAUGGAAACGGUUACCGGUCUUUGCUGCCCAUGGCGAUGACUGAACCCGCCUUGAUGGGCGCCGCAAUGGCCGUCGCCGCAUCGCAUUAUAGCCGUUGGCAACACACCAGCGAUCUGACGUCGCGCAAGUAUCUUCGAGCCGCUGCAAAGGCGCUACGGAACAGGUUUUCAACUCCCAGUCUUGUGAACAGCCCAGUGACGCUUGCGUCGAUGCUCCUCUUUGUUUCAUACGAGGUAUUUGCGGGCUCGAGUCGAUGGAAAGGACACUACGAUGCGAUCAAAGGCUGGAUCAGAUCUCGAGGCGAUUGCUCAGAUCUAGAUCCGUUCCUCAAAACGUGGGUAUGCCUGCUUGACACACAAAGUGCCUUGAACAUGGGCUCUCCAGCCAUGCCAGAGCUCGAAGCAUGGUUAGACGGGACGAUUGAGGCUACGAACCAAGAGGAAUCGGUUGAUGCGCUUUUCGGAUGCUCCUCCAAACUGCCAAAACUCAUGUGGGCGGCCUCUCGCUUGUAUGCGGCAUCUAAGUCAGUCGAUAUGAGUCGUGACGAACUCGUGGCACAAGCGGACGCUUUGCAAGACAAAAUCCGCUCCACAGAGAUUGCCCUCGACUCUCAUCCACUUGUUGGUAUUUCAUGUCACGGCAGCCCGGAGUCAUUUGCAACGACCGUUGGCAUCGAGCAAGAGGAGUUGCGGAGGCGGAUGGUAGCAACAGCAGAAAUCUUCCGGCACGCUUCACAUAUCUACGUCUACCGGAUUGUCCACGGCCCCGAGGAGCCUUUGACACCGGAGAUGCGGAUCUCGCUUGAUACCGCACAACACUUACUCACAGUCGUGCCUGAUGCACUCGGUCCAGGAGCAAAUCUCGGCUGGUGUUUAGUGGUGCUUGGUGCAGAGAUGGAUCUCUUGCACGAGCGGGAAUAUGUUCGGUCGAGAUGGGCCGGACUUCAUCUCCUAGGCAUCUACAAUACCAAAAACGGCCAGAAGAUUUUGGAGGAGACUUGGUCUCAUCAGGACUUGGUCAAUCAAGGACAAGCAAGCCCUGAACGAUGGCAAGAUAUCAUGCAACGAAUUGGCCAGUCACAAAUAUUAGUAUAA